ACAAAGCGAGAUACAUAACAUGUUUUUUAGACCGGUAGUUAUUUUCUUUUAUAAUAGAUUUGACACGCGUCGUCGAUUUUCAUCGGAAAAUUCGCGCCAUGCGCGCGUGUGCCCGCGCCCGCUAUCGAUUUGGGGGAAAACGAAUGCAUUAGUCACGUGCUGUGAGGUGGUAAACGUAAAAUUAUAAGAAAAACAUUAUUAUGACUAAAAGAAAAAUAAUCUUUUGGUUGCCCAUUUGAAAAAUAAAUAAUUUUUAUCUAGUGCGAACAUGGCUUUUUCAAAUUCUUCCGUUAUUAAAACCCCCACCGUAUUAGAACAGCUUUUGGAAGAAAUUAAUUUUCAGAGGACAAAGGAAAUGAGACAAUUAUUAAAAGACGAAUCGGGAUUUGUUAUGCUUCAAGGUACAACUUAUUGGACGGAUUUGUUCGUCCGCCAUUUUUUAUUUCAAAACGAUUCCACAAUGGAUUGCGACGAUCUUUUAUUUUUCGUAAGAAAAAAACACGUCAAAGGUUCUCCUAGAUAUUUGCCAAAAUUUGAGACCGAGGUAGAUGUUUUUCGAAAAGAUAGUAGAAAAUUACCAAUAGGAGAUCCCGAUAUAGAUUGGGAAGAAACCGUUUAUCUAAAUUUAAUAAUACAUCAAUUCGAAUAUACACUUACUUUAGCUAUAUGUACGAGGACAAGUCCAAAAGAACUACAAGUUUUAAAAAGACAUUCGCAAAAAGUGUACGCUUCGCCCAGCCGUAGAAGAAUGGAUACCAAAGGCGAAGUCGAGGAAAUAACUUACCCGCAUAUUUGUUUUAUGGUGGACAAUUUCGACGAAGUUUUUCACGACAUUCUCGUCCGAGACGGGGAAAUGGUGUGCGUAGAACUUCUCGCCGCCGACCGAGCCGGUAGUAUACAGGGCGUUAUAUUUUUGGGUUCGAUUAGAUAUGACGCGCUUAAAAAAGUAUACGACGCUCGGCAAUCGAGUCUCGGCACGAAAAUGGCGCAAAGGAUGACAUUCGGUCUGUUCUCGUCCUCCGCCGCACAACGAUGCGAAUUCGUCCGAAUGAAGGGUCCGCAAGGUAAAGGACACGCCGAAAUGGCGGUUACCAAACCGAAAGGAUCCGGAGUCGAAACUCCCACGUCCGAACCGGGCUUUUGCGCCACCGAUAUGUGGGACUCCGAUUGGGAGGAGGAUCCCGAGGAUUUUUACGUGUACAGAACGCAGAGGAGGCUCAGCGAUCCGAGCGCCAAUUUGAAUAAUUUCAUCCGAGGCGGGUGGAAAUCCAAAAUGGACGUUAAGGCCAGAUCGGAAAGCGAAGGUCUCGACGCCGUCGAUAACGGGGUUAGCGAAAUCGAAGCCGGGGACCUCAAGGACGAGACUGGUUCUGCUUCGACAUCCAAUACGGCGUGCUGUGGGUGUUUCCAAAGAAGAAACCGAGAAGCCCUACUCGAAAUGUACAGUAUGAGAUGUAGCGAUCAUAAAAAGUGUUCGGAAAGAGCUCGGCUAGGGCCGAUCGACAGCGAUUGCGCGUUCGCAAUCAGAACGUGCAGAUCGAAUAACAAGAAAAGUCGAAACGCCAAUUAUACCGAAUGCGAGAUGGCCGACGACGCGAUCAGUUUGGAUAAAAAAGGAAUAACGACGACCGAUAAUAAAUGUUACGAUCACGUUAAAAAUAUGUAUAUAACAGUUAGCGGUAAAGAAGAAUUGCCUUGCGUGCAUUAUUUCGCUGAUAAUACGAAUAAGGAGUUAUCGGUGAAUAGUAAAGAUGGGAUCGUUAAAUUUAGAAAAAACGUCAACGGAAAUUACAAUCUUAUUAGUAUGAAAAAUAUUUAUAGUUAUUGUACGCUUCCUAAAAGUAGAAGAAAGGUCAAUGGACGGAAGUUGUCGAGACAUUUCCCCCCUAAACGAAUUACGCCGGACGGGACGCACAUUUAUUAUUGGUGCGAUUUAAAUAAAGAAGAUGGCGAAUUAGACGACGGCGCUUACAACCCUUUAUGGACGAUGCGAGGUUUCACACAAACCUUCCAUUUCUGGAAAGAAAAUAAACGAGCACAAUCGGUACCACUAAAUGCGUUUUUAACUUACAUAACCCUACCAUGGUGGAGUAUAGCAAAAGAUAUUUUGGAUCACAGAGAAGGCCCUAUAUUGACUUUCUAGUAUAUAUAUUUUUUCUGCUUCAUUUUUAAAUCCAAAAUUCCAUGUUUUUAUUAGUCCGAAACUGUUCACUGUUUACAAACAAUUCAAAAGACUAUGUAUACAAAAACUAACGAAAAAAAAAAAAAUUUCAUAUGAAUUAUAUUUUUCUUUCUAAA